AUGACUCAGUCCACUCGCAUACGCUCAAAGGCACUCCACAAUACAGAACCCAUCGUAGCAGCAUCCGUAAUCCUCUCUCAAUCCGAAACAGCAGCUCUCGCAGCUGAAAUCGACACCCUCAAACGCGACACCAAUAGUCCCAUUACAACUACUCCAACACCACCAGCAUUCGACAGACGAGCAUCGAACGCAUAUCUCGGAGACUGGAUACGCGCGCAGCCCGCCGUAGACGAUGAAAUAGCCACCGAUGAUUUAGAUGAACCACAUGUGAAGAGGAAGCAUGCUAUUUUGAUUGCACAUCCUGAUGUUACGAGCUUGUAUGGGAUUGAUACGAGGACGAAAUGGAUUGUUGGUGGGGUGGUGCUGAUACAGGUUGUGUUGGCGUGGUAUUGGGGGAGUGUGAGGCCUGGGUGGAGUUGGGGGAUGGUGGGGUGUGCGUAUGUCGUUGGGGCGUGUAUUACGCAGAUAUGUGGAGUGGUAAUCCACGAAGCCUGCCACGGCCUGACAGCCCGCACGCACCUCGCAAACCGCGUCGUAGGCUACAUUGCAAACAUAGGCAUCCCAUUCCCAAUCGCCGCAUCCUUCCGUCGCUACCAUCUCCAGCACCACGCCUUCCAAGGUGUCGAAGGAAAAGACGCCGAUCUGCCUCUUCCAUUCGAAUAUAAACUCGUCGCGUCAAACCCGCUAGGUAAAGCUCUCUUCCUCUUCUGCUAUCCGCUAAUGUAUGUCGUUCGUGGCGCUGUGAGGGGAAAGACACCUGCAUUCUGGGAAUGGGUGGGGUUAGCUUGGACUAUAGUAUGUGAUGCAGCUGUGUAUUGGUAUUGUGGUGGGUGGGGACUGACGUAUAUGGUGCUCUCGUUGUGGUUUGGAUUUGGGUUGCAUCCAGCCGCAGCACAUUUUAUUCAAGAGCAUUAUACGUUUGAGGAUGGACAGGAGACGUAUUCGUAUUAUGGGGCGCUGAAUUAUUUGUUUUUGAAUAUUGGUUAUCAUAAUGAGCAUCAUGAUUUUACAAAGAUACCAUGGUCAGGGCUCCCAGCACUACGCGACCUCGCACCUGAAUACUACAAUACCGUGAAAUACCACAUGUCGUGGACCAAAGUCCUGAUUGACUUUAUAACACGACCAGAUGUUGGCCCAGUGUCGCGUGUCCAGCGGGACUAUGAUGCGCACAAGAAGGGGCGUAGACAGAUCAUAGAUGUGAUGGGGAUGAUAGAUUGA